AUGACAUCCACACCAUCCUCUACCAGCCGCAUAAAUGCGACGGCCAUCGAGAACGCGUUUCCUACUCCUCCUACGGGCCAAAAUGCGCAAGAGAGUGCAUUCCACCUCCAAGGCCGGAUGUCUCCAGCACCCCACAAAUUUGCGCUGUUGCAAAGAGCCCAGUCGACUCCUCCUGAGCUGACGCGCACAAGUCAAUUUGCUAGCGUGGCAAAGGGCUCAAAAGGCCAGCCAUCGGAUGUAGCCAGCUUGGAACACUCAUGGAGCAAGCUACAUUUGUCCAAGAAGAGAAGCCAAUACUACGAUGACGCCUUUGCCUACCGCGAGUCAAACAAUACGGCAAAGGAUCGGGUCGCAAAGGACUGGGUGAUCCUGGCUGAGAUUAAAUUGAACUGCUGCCUCGAGUCCGAGAAGGAAUUCCUCAUCGACCUGUCUUUUCGGUUAUCCGAGAUUUAUCAGCGCCCUGCGUCAUGCAUAAUGGCCAUGGUCACUACUGACAUUCCAAUUCUUCUCGGCGGCAAUUCCGAACCAGCUUACCAUCUUAUCAUCACAGCGUUACCAUCAGAGAUAGCAGCCACCAAGAAUAAGAGAAGUACACAUUUGAUUCAGGAUUUUAUCCACGAUACACUUCAGAUCCCGCCAAAGCGCGGCGUUGUCCGGUUUGACGCCGUCGCGGAAGAGAACCUGGCCACAAAUGGAAUGACUGCGCUUCAGGAAAUUGAGCAUCUGGAAAGGCAGUCUAAUGACGAAGAUGGCAUGAUGAGGGCGCUCAGCCGACAGAGAAGUAGACGGAGCAAGAAAUCCACCGCGCCAACUCUCGCAGAGAGAUUUCGCGUUGGCCUUCCAUCUAUCAGGUCGUCGACUCCUUCUACUCAGUUUUUCAACACAGUCGAAACCACGGAAUUCAAAACGACUUUGGCCAGUGGCCCUGGCAAGAAACGCAUCAAGAAGAGGCAAAGCAUUCUAGGUUUUUUCAGGAAAUGA